CAGUCUUUUUCCAAUAGACCUAUUCUGUGGUGUUUUGUAGACCAAGCGAUUCGUCCGUAAACAAGAAAGUAACUGACAGAAUAAUCCAUAUGAAUAUAAUCUUUAGCUGCAGCCAUAAAUACAAUCAACUGGAGCAUCUGUUCAUAAGAUGCCAUGACUUCUGUAUUCACUUAGCACUCGAUGACCAAGACAGCUGGUAAAAUUCCGAGCAGCACCUGAACUCCUCAGCAGUAGUUGACUGGAGGGGAUGGAGGUGCGACGCUGGUGCUGUUUUCUCCGCCACACAUUCACAUAACCUAUCAACCCAACUGGAACGACGUGAGCUCCACGGGAAACCACCCUGAAUGGACUACCGCAGAACCGACAGAGCCGACUCACCUUUUUCUCUUCACGGAGGAAAGGAAACCCAGCUGCCCACCUUUGCCGCUGGAGAAAGCGCGUGGAGAUGCUUCGCGCGCGGGUCUAGUGAUAGAAACGCGCGCUUAAUGAUUAGUGUUUAGACAAGUCGCUAAUUAACUAGUAAUCACACAAGUAGUAUUUAUACCGCCAGCGUGGUUCGCGUGUCUCGUUGCAGGCUAAAAUUAAAGCAGGGCAGAGCCACGAUAGUGUUUAUUCAGUAGUUUUUCAUUUUUCAUCAACACACCUUGGAUUUGUUAUCACAAAGCAAGUGUGGAGCCGAGGAGGAGGUCAAAACAAUUUGAGACAGACCGAAAUCAGAGAGAGAGAUGACCCUUGUUUUGUCCAUGAAUCCUUUUCUGGACCCAGAAGGAGACCCUCCACUCUCUACAUACCAGCCAAUAUGGGAAUCGAAGCGCUGCACUAAGACCUGCCUGUCGAACCCUGCCCCGCCAUGCAGCUCUGAAGAGCAGUUUACACCAGAUCCACCCUAUAGGCGAGUUCCAGAUCAUGUUUCAGUGUCAAGGAUUGCAUACUUCAAGAGGAAGUUUGUUGAUGAUGACGAUGAGCCUUCCUUCAGCUUUAGGACGUACUGCCAGACUGUUGCACCAGCUUUGGAGGAGCGUGCCCAUGUGCUGCGUCUCUCCCUGGAGAAAAUGAGAUUCAUUGACGACCCUGAAGCCUUCCUCCGUCGCUCUGUCCUUGUCAACAAUCUCCUUCGUCGUCUGCGAGCUGAGAUCCUGCUCCAGAGCGCUGACUGGUGUUUCCCACCAAACCCAGCAUUCGCCACCGGCCCCUGCGUCCUGCCACCCAACACUAACCCCGCUCACCAGGCUCUCCAGGGAACAAUGCCCACUCGGAUCUGCUUAGCACCCAGUGCAGGACCGCCCUUCCGUAAACGCCUCCGAAUGGUCCGUGGAGGGCAGGGAGAUCUACGCCCUGACUGUGCGCAGACAUGCUGCUGCAUUUACGCAGCAACAGCAGCUGCAGGACACUACCUCCACCUCCCUUUCUCUAUGUAUGAUGCAGCACUGUCUACCUGCCCGUCCACACCACACUCCUCCUCUUUCUUUCAACUAGCUAGCCAUACUAAGUUAGGGUUGACAUUGGCUGUAGAGGAGCCUGAUGAGAAUGAUGAUGUUGAGGAGGAGGAGGAUGAGGAGGAAAAUGAAGAUGAGCAAGAGAGGGAAGAUGAGGACGAGGAAGAAGAUGAUGAAAAGAGACAAGCCGGGCCUUCUACUGAUGUUAAGCAAAGGUCAAGCCAGAGAAGUAGAACUAGGACUUUGCUGGGUCAUGCACACCCAAGGACAGAGGAGGACAGCUGCAUAAUAGAUAGGAUAGAAGAAGAGGAGGAGGGAGAGCAGGAUGAAGAAGAAGAGGUAGAGGAAGAGGAGCAGGUUGUGAGACCUUGUCAGUGGGACUCAGGCAGAGAGCUCCACAAGGAAAAGAUGCCAAAUAGCACACACACACACAGACAGACAUUGCCGGGCGAGUGCUGAGGAGAGGGGAGCUGUCAUUUGUCAACAAGGAACUUUGGCAGCUCGCAGUUGCCAUGGGAACUGUCUGUUGCUGAGGACUGGUUUUGCAUCACAAGGUCCUCAUAUUGGCUCCAAAGCCUCCAAGGUCCCACCCCUCCUCCACCCAGCUCACCUCCAUCUCUCAGAGCUUCAAACAAAUUGUCAGGAUUUUCCUUGCUUCAUUUUCCCCUCAAUCUGCUGUCUUCCACCUCCAUGACCAAAUUCCUGUGCUUUAUUUCCCAGUCAAGUUUUCUUAUUAGCAGGGAUGUUUGCCUCUGUUGUUUGAGUUACAACAGCUACAUGAUCAGAUUCACAAUCAAUAAGACUGAAGCUAUUGAUAGCUGAGAUGCCAGUAUGUACAUGACACUAAGUCAUAUUAUAUCUUCAGACACAUUUUCAUAGUACAAACAAAAUAAAAUUUUAGUGUUUCAUUCUUACUAGAACAGAAGGCUUC